AUGAUUUUAAAAAAAGUGUAUAUACUAUUCAUUCUCAUAUUAUUCAAUAUAUUAUCCAGAACUGUGGAUUCAGGGUGAUCCAAACAGUUACAUAUAAAAUUACCAGAUGAAGAUGAUGAUUAUCUAGCUAAAUUAAUAGGAGUUUUUAAUGAUAUAUGUACAUAUUCCAUAAAUAAUAAGGAAAAGAUCGCCAAGAUAUUAGGCACAUCAGCAGUGUCUGUAUAUACUAUUAAUUCUCUAUACAAUUCAGGUAUGACAUUUAAAAAAAACCCACACUAUUCUUUCUUUUUACCAUCAGAAAAAUAUCUUUUAAAACUUAUUAAUAAUAAUAUUAACAUGUCAAAUAAUAACAUCAAAAAUAUAGAUAACCUUAGAGAUAUACCAUUAUUUCAACGAACCUUUACGAAUAAACAUAAUAUUCAUAUGAUGAAAACAUAUAUAGUAAACAAUUUUAUCAACUUUAUUAAUUUCUUACCAUACAAAUUAAAAAAGGAAUCAUUAUAUAACUUUUCUAAAUAUAAAGAAUUUGACGGUUUAAAACAUUCACAAAAUCCAUUUACUCAAGUACAAGUAUUAAAUCAUGAAAAUAAUAUAAUUAUAUAUCAAGCAAAAACGAAAAAACAUUAUUGGUUACACUUACCUUUUAAAUAUAAUAUAUUAAAAUUAAGUGAUGAUAAUACAACCACUUAUAUAUUAAUUUUUAUACCAUUAUAUAAAUAUUAUUCCAACUAUAUAAUCGAAAUGAAAAUAACAACUAAUAAGAACAAUGAUAAUGUUAUAUUUACUUCAUGUAUUAAAGAAGAAAAAACUGAAGAUAUACAAAAUAACUCUUUUCACUAUGAUAUAUUAAAAAGUAUUUCAAAACAUAUAACCUAUGAUAUUAUUAAUGGAAUUGAUAAUAAUAUUAAUAUUCUUUAUAGGAGAAAUAUGAAACCAGGAAAGUAUAAUUUUAUUAACACAACAAAUACAUUACUAAAAGCCAAGAGUUAUAAAAAAAAAAUUUUCGCUCUUCCUUCUUUUAAGUCCUUACCUUUUAAAUUUAAAAGGACAUAA